CGCUCACGCCCCUCCUUUCCUCUCCCUCUCCGCGGCGCGGCGCGGCGCGCUCGGGCUUCGGAGCCGAGAUGGGCGCCGCCGCGUGGGCAUGGCCGCCCUUGCCGCUGUGUGCAUUUCUCCUGCUGCUGCUACUGCCGCUCCCCGGGUUGCCCGCGGGCUCCUGGGAUCCGGCCGGUUACCUGCUCUACUGCCCAUGCAUGGGUCGCUUUGGGAACCAGGCUGAUCACUUCUUGGGCUCCCUGGCAUUUGCAAAGCUAUUGAACCGCACCCUGGCUGUACCCCCUUGGAUUGAGUACCAGCAUCACAAGCCUCCCUUUACCAAUAUCCAUGUGUCCUACCAGAAGUACUUCAAGCUGGAGCCCCUCCAAGCCUACCAUCGGGUCAUUAGCCUGGAGGACUUCAUGGAGAAGCUGGCACCCACCCAUUGGCCCCCUGAGAAGCGGGUCGCAUACUGCUUUGAAGUGGCGGCCCAGAGAAGCCCUGACAAGAAGACAUGCCCAAUGAAGGAAGGAAACCCUUUUGGCCCAUUUUGGGAUCAGUUUCAUGUGAGUUUCAACAAGUCUGAGCUCUUCGCAGGCAUUUCCUUCAGCUCCUCCUACAAAGACCAGUGGAUCCAGAGAUUUUCUCCAAAAGAACAUCCAGUGCUGGCCCUGCCAGGGGCCCCAGCCCAGUUCCCUGUCCUGGAGGAGCACAGGCCGCUGCACAAGUACAUGGUAUGGUCAGACGAGAUGGUGAGCACAGGGGAGGCGCAGAUCCAUGCCCACCUCAUCCGGCCCUACGUCGGUGUUCACCUGCGCAUUGGCUCUGACUGGAAGAACGCCUGUGCCAUGCUGAAGGACGGGACUGCGGGCUCCCACUUCAUGGCCUCUCCACAGUGUGUGGGCUACAGCCGCAGCACGGCCGCCGCUCUCACCAUGACCAUGUGCCUCCCCGACCUGAAGGAAAUCAAGCGGGCCGUGAAGCUCUGGGUGAGGGCUCUCAACGCCCAGUCUGUCUACAUUGCCACGGAUUCUGAGAGUUACGUGCCUGAGAUCCAACAGCUCUUCAAAGGGAAGGUGAAGGUGGUGAGCCUGAAGCCCGAGGUGGCCCAGAUCGACCUGUACAUCCUUGGCCAAGCCGACCACUUUAUUGGCAACUGUGUCUCCUCCUUCACCGCGUUCGUGAAGCGAGAACGAGACCUCCAGGGCAGGCCGUCCUCCUUCUUCGGCAUGGACAGGCCCCCACAGCUGCGAGACGAGUUCUGACCCUGGCCGGAGCUCAUCAGCAGUCCCAGCUGGCCCCUCCAGCCUGGCCUGGCAGCCAGAGCUGCUCCCAGGAUCGGUCCCCAGAAGAACAAGCUUCUCCUCAGCUGCCAAGGACAGAAAAAAGUGCCCAGGACUUCCUGGAGGAGGAAGAUGGUCCAACUCCCAGGGUACAGGAUGUCUAAGCUCUCAGGGUCCAGACUAUCUUCCCUGUUUAUGUGCUUCUGGUUGUUUCUCCUGGGAGUUUCUCACACCAGCAAAGCAGCCCAACCACUGUCUUUUGGUCUACCCUGCUCUGAGCAGCCUGGGAUGCUGCACUCUCUUCAAAGAGAUUAUAUAUAUACACAUACCUAUCAAGAGAGAUUUUUAUAGUUUUCAUACAAAAUCAUGACUAACCUAGAACUCUCCCUCAUUUUUAAAAAAUCCAUGAAGUUCAUUAACGUAGGUACCUAAAGUGACCUUAACUGAAUGUGGAUGAGGCUCGUGGGGUGGGGGUGUUCACCACUUCCCCAGAGUGGCGCUCAGACUCAUCCCCACUCCCUGGCCAGAGCCACUUCUUGGUCCCUUUCCAGGGUUUGAGGCAUGAACACUGUCCUCCACUGUAAACAGUAUGCAAAUGAAAGUUCUCAGUCGUGGUGCCACACAGGGCUCCACAGAUGGCUGAGUGCUGCUCAUGCAGCACAUUCCCUGCGAGGGGCACACGCCACCAAGCCAGACUGUCGUGGCACUGGUCUCACAGCCUCUUGGUAGUUGGUGGCCUGCUACAAACCUGGCACCGUCGGGGUCUUACAACCAGGGGCCAGGGCUUGCAGGCCUGGUGGGGUCCUCCUAAAAGCUGCCAUCUCUUCUGAUCUCUUGUCUCAGGGGUCUGGUUGUGGAAUUUUUCCCUUAAGUCGGUAUCCAGGGCCUGUCCUCCCAGCCUUUCUCCUGCAGCUGGAGCCUUGAGACCGUAUUCUUGCCAGAGUGUUUGGUAAGCCUCUGACCAGACAAGAGACGCCCCAGACCCAGGAGUCAUUGGGGUCGCAGUGUGGAAACAACCUGUGCCCCUUUGUAUCCAGUGUAAUCUCUGACUUGUGAGGUUUGCAGUCAUUUCCUUUUCUCUCGGGUACUGCAGUUGUAAUCAUCCAUGACUCCUCGGAGCCUGACUUGUUGACCUUGUGGCGCUAAGCUUCAAGUGUGACACCUGCUGAUCUCCCGCUGUCAUGUGACUUCUCUUGGUCUUUGAUCCCGGGAAGGUGGAGGAGACUCUCCUGAGGGCCAGGCCCCGGGCUUCGAGCUUCGAGCUUCUGUCUGGGACUUCUUCCUCCGGUUAUCUUUGGAAAGAGAUACUGUUUUUGUCAGGGCAGUCUGGGUCAGAGGUUGCGGGGCACCUGUGGUGUCAGGCACCAAAGGUGACAUUUAUUGCUUAGAGACACUGCCCAACUCUAAGCAGGAGAAACUGUAUACAAAGGGCUUUUGCAUUUUCCCUCCUGGGAAGAGUGAGAUGUUUUACAUCCUAAGUGGACUCUGAGAGAUGGCUUAUCUAUUCAGACUUGUUCAUGAACCUCCUUCAGAUACACAGAGCCUGUGUGCCCCUGCCUCCAUUGGCUGCUCGGGAAAGCGUAGCUCACUGGCUGGUUUCAUCUGCUGGAUUCAUUUGCCCAUCACAACCGCACACCAGGCACACACGUUAGAGUCUGAGCUGUAAAGGGCCACCCAGACCAUGUUGCUGAGCAUCACCCGGAAUAAUGGCUGCGUUUCUGGGGGAGAGGGUGCCAAAGUUGUAGUCAGAUUCAGUGUGUUCUGUAGGUAAGCACGUUGUUCCUCUUUGACCCAGUUUUCUCACCUAUAAAGUGGUGAUAACACUGACUGCGUUGUUGAAGGGCUCAAAUCAGAUAAAGCAUGUAAAAGAGCGCAUUGUAAACUUGAAAGAGACAAAGGCACAUCUGUGCCAGUUGAUUAUUUUGACUGCCUCUUGCCACACACCUACUUUGUGCUGGCACUGUGCUUGGUAAGUGAUUUAUGGGCAGUCUCUGAUUUACUGCUCCCUCCCACUUCCCCCAGCCCUGGGAAGUAGGAGCUACUGUUAUUAUUCACUUUCUGCACAAGGAAAAACUAAUUAUCAGAACAUUCUCACAAUUUUUCCAAGACCACACAGCUGGUGGCAGUAAACCAGGAUUUGACCUCCCAAAGCCAGUGCUGGCAGCCACGGUGCUCUGCUGCCCCCAGUUCAUGAGGUGCACUUUACUCCCACCCGGCUUCUGCUGUGGGUUGGCCACUGCCAGGGGCGUUUGGGGAGGAGGAGGUCACCCAAGAAACAAAGCUAUGUGGAGCUUAAAGUUCCCUUGGCUGGUUAUUCCACAUCCUUUUAGUGACAGAUAUUUAUUGAGCAACUAUUGUGUGCCAGGUACUAGGGAUCCAUCAGGGAAUCAGACACAGAAAUCUUCGUUCUCAAGGGAUUUGCAUUCUAGCAAGUAGACGUGAAGAAAUGUACUGUGGUUGUUGCUGGUUAAGUGCUGUAAAGGAAAAUACCAGCCGUGAGGGCUGAAGAGGGGAGCAGUGUUGUUUUAGGUGCAGAGCUCAGGUGGGGCCUCUCUGAAGAGCGGCCGUGAAGAAGGGAGGGGCACUGCCUCCGAUUUCUGGAGGCAGCGCAUUCCCAGCAGAAAACAGGAAACAGCGAGAGCAAAGGCUCUGAAGCUGAAGGGGGUGAGUGAAGAACAGCAGGGAGGUCCAUGGGGCCGCAGUGGCCGAAGGGAGGCAAGAAACAGCAGUAGACCACAGCGGAGAGUGCGCUCAUCCUGCAGCCUAGCGGGCAGCGGCAAGGUGAGACUGGGCUUUCACUUGGAAAGAUUUGGAAAACCUUCGUAGGGUCUGAGCAGAGGAGGAGACGAAAGGUCAGACAAAGGUCACUGCACUGAAGGUGGUAGGAAGAGGUCAGAUUCUGGAUAUGUAAAAUUAUUUUUAAAUUUCAGCCUUUUUUAAAGGUAUAAGUCUUUGCGUAGUUUUAAUCAUGCAGUGUAUACAGUGUACUGUCUGUCCUACCUUUCACUUGAUUAUAUGUCAUUCUCCGUGUUGUUACAUGGCCUAAAUAAAUGUUUUUAAUGAU